GCCGCUGCGCUGCCGCGAGCGCGGAGUUCUUCCCGGGUGACGGGCGCGCGGACGUAUCGCGCUGAGGGGGGGAAAAAAAAACAAAAAAAAAACAAAAAAACAAAAGCGACUCGGGACAUUAAGUCAGCAGCGCGAAGUUGGACUGGAAAAAAGCCGUUUCUUCGACACCAGGGGAGGUUGGAUAAUCCAGCUGUUGUGAUGUCUACAAGGCAUUUUCCAGAAGUCCAUAGGUCACAUCUUCCUGCACCAUGUGCUUUGUGGUCAGUGGAACUGAACCUUACCCAUGUGGACUGCAGCCCUGGGGAUACACUGGUGCACUUCCAGGGACAGUAUCUGACUGUGUGUGAACUUGACUACGACAUACUACAGGUAGAAAUCCAAAAUGCAGAGAAAAGAGCGGUGUCUGUGGACUUGGCUGGACUCUACCUGGUGGAGGAUACCCUAUCUGGUUGUUGGUACAGAGGCAGAGUCCAGAACAUACGGGACAACCUAUAUGAGGUAUUCCUUGUGGACUACGGCAGUGUCCUGACUGUUGACGCUAGUCACUUGGCCUGUGCCUCCGGUGAGAUGUUCAUGCUUCCCCCAAAAAUUGUGUGCGGGUUUUUUGCUAAUUUCCUCCCGGCUGGCGAGCAGUGGGAUGCUGUUGCAUCAGAGUACUUCUCCUCCUUGAUAGGAACUAAUAUCAAAGGGUACAUCCAAGCCCUGUUGCCACAUAAAGUGAUGAUCCUGGAAGUGCCAGAAGUUACCCGAGACCUUUUGAAGCGAAGUUUGGGAAGGCAUGUGAACCGGGACACGUUCCUGGUUCUUGUGGAAAUGUUGAUCGAGGUGCCACUCAAACAAAGAAACAAACCUGCUCCAGACCUCCUGGUUGAAAAGCAGGUUGGGGAAGAAUUCUGCUUUGGGCCUUCCCAGUUGCAGGACUUUGAGAAUAUACUCUCAUUCCAUAGACCAAAGCUGUCUGUGGGUACUAAGUACAGGGCCAGAAUAACUGCAGCAAUAAAACCAAGUGUGUUUUACUGCCAGUUGACAAGUAUGGCAGAAGACCUGAAAGACAUGACGUAUAAUUUGUCACUCUGUUGUGACUUGAAGACUAAAGACCCUCUCGCCAAAUCAGUCAGAAAUAUGGGGCUCCUCUGUGCUGCCAGAGGGAAGGAUGAGAAGUGGCAUAGGGGACUUGUGCAGUGUCUUCCUGUAAACUCUCAAGUGAGAAUUCUCUUCAUUGACUUUGGCUUCUGUGAAUCCGUUAAAGUUGAAAACAUUUGUCACCUUCCUCCUCAUUUUCUCUCUCUUCCAUUUAUGGCUUUCCCAUGCAUCUUGUCUAAUACUAGUGAAUCAGAUGUGGCUGUUCGGAAAGAGCAGUUCGACCUUUUCAAAAAAGGACUACUGGGAGGUGUUUUGGGUGUUCAGAUAGAUCAUUUCAGCAUCAAGGAGAAUCUGUACAUUGUUACACUAUGUACUGUGGGCAAUGAAGACAGUGCAGAAUUUCAAAAUUCCAAGAAUCCUACUAGACAGGUGACAAGUAAUGCCAGCACUGGUCUUUAUGAGAAGGACAAAGUCACUCCCCAUAAUGGCUGUGCUGUGCAAUACACAAAUGAGUUGACAGAUGAGUUAAACAAAAAGGCUGAAUCCUUUGUAAGUUUAGACAGUCUGAAGGGAGUAAAAGAGAAAUCUGUGUUUCGAGGUAUUGUUGAACAUGUUCUAAAUCCAUCUGACUUCUGGUUGAGGACAGAGGAGCGAAACAGUGCGUUUGAAGACAUGACAGAGAAACUGAAAGCGUACUUCACCGACUUACCCCUAGAUGCAGAAAUCCUUGAGAAUCCAGUUCCUGGUUGUCUUUGCAGUGCAAUGUAUGAAAAGGAUUGGCAUUACUACCGAGCUGUAAUCAAAAAGAUUAUCAAACAUGGUGCUGAAGUAUAUUUUAUAGACUUUGGGAACUCAGAGAGAGUUCCAUACAUGCUUAUCAAAAAGCUUCCUCUCGACUUUACAGCUGAACCUGCAUUUGCCAUGAAUUGCUCAUUGGCCCAUGUAGUUCCAGUGGAAGAUGUCUGGACAGUCUCUGCAAGUGACUACUUCAAGAAAGCUGUGCUAAACAAAGUACUUACAGUUUAUGUUGUCCACAGACAGAAAGACAAGCUAGUUGUAGAGCUGAGGGAUGAAAAGGUCAGUGAAAGCAUUAACACACAAAUGGUAAAAGCAGAGCUGGCUGUGUUCUGGAAACUGAAGCCAGUCAGACCUGCUUCAUUCCUUCACCAAAAGCAAAAUGUCUUUCAGAAGUCUACACCAGUGACCAAAGUAAGAUGUAUGUCAAGAAACAUAAACAAAGUAAGCAGUGAGCCAAGAAAAAGCCAGAAUGUAGUAACUGUAAGAAAUGGUGGAUCAUGUAGAGAGUCUGUGGAAAGUAUGACCAAAACAGAAAGUCAGAAAAAACAGGCCCCAGCUAAGGUUAAACAGCUGACAUUUGGGAUUGGAAGUGAGCUGCAUGUUCGAUGUUGUCACAUCAAUUCCCCUUCAGAUUUCUGGUGUCAGCCCAAGAGCAAGUUGGGCUGCUUGAAGAGACUGAUGACACAAAUGCAAGACUAUUAUGAAAAACAUGAAGAUGCUUUGCAACCAAAUGAAGAAUACUGUGUUAUAAAGCGUGUAGAAGACGGCAGGUGGUACAGAGGCUGCAUUGUUGGAACUCUUGGUCAUGAGGUCAGUGUAAUCCUAGUGGAUUUUGGCAUUAUUUUGAGAGAGAAAGCCCACAAACUUCGAGCAGUAAAGGCAGAAUACUUUGAACUUGAAGGACUAGCGUUUAGGUGCAGUUUCCACGGUUUAAUUGAACCUGUAGAAAAAUUUCCUAAUGUCUGGAGUAGAGAGGCAAGCAGUUUGCUGAGAGAUUUUGUUAACAGCAAUUUGGAAAAUCUCACAUGUUGCAUGCAUGCUAUGGUGGUGAUGAAACAUCUUGGUUUGUUCAAUAUUGUUGAACUCCAUGCACCUCAUCAAAGUGCAACAAGGUUACUCGUAGAAAAAGGUUUUGCGAAAAAGAUCAACUGUCCAAAGCCACUCAUCUCUUCACUUAGCCUCUUUUCCUAUGUGUUCUCCAUGUUUGACAUCAAAAUUGGGAGCAGGGAGUCUGUGUAUGUCACUCAUGUGUGCAGCCCAUGGGAGUUUUACUGCCAGUUGGAGAGAAACUCAGAAAUGCUGGAAAAUCUCAUGGAGAAAGUCACAAGGAAAAGCAGUGAAAUUGUGUGUGAAAAUGUGGUUUCUUCUCAGGAGAGGCUUUGCUUCGCAAAAUACUUUGAGGAUGGCCAGUGGUAUAGAGGCCUAGUCUUCCCCGUUAAGUCAAACCUGCAUUUCAACAUACUGUUUGUUGAUUAUGGAAACAUGCAAGUUGUACAAAAAAAGAAUGUCCUGCCUAUUCCAAGUGAUGCCACAGAGUUACUCUUUACACCUAUGCAGGCACUGAGAUGUCGACUCUUCAGUGUCCCGAAGGGAGAUGCCAGCAUGGAGGUGAUUUCUUUCCUGAAGAAAGCUGCUCUGAAUGUGCUGUUGGAGGCCAAAUUUGUUGGGAAAGAUGAGGACGGUACCCUCGUCUGUGACUUGUUUGAUGGGAAUCUGCACUUAAAUGAAAAAAUCCAAGAACUCAUGGCAAUGCAUGGUAAAAGUCUCAGAUUAGUAGAAAAAAGAAGCCAGUGUCAAACCCAUCAGACAUUAAAAAAACUGGAGUCACCCAAAACAGGAUCCUCAAAGUCUUGUGCUGUGGGUCAGGGAGACAAACCACAAAGGGGUGUGAACGCAGCCCAGAAUCCGAGUGGCAAUUCGGCAGAGGAAAGGCAUCAAAGCAAAGAGCUAUCCAGACCCCUGAAGGAGCAAAUAGGAAACAUCACUUUGGAAAAACCAAACCAUCUUCCAGAGAUGCCACUAAAGGCAGGGUUCCGAAGGCUGGCAUUUGUUUUCCACGGGAACACUGUUUCAGACUUUUACAUUCAGAUGAAAAAUGACAAACAAACAGUUUUAGAAAUGUGCGAGCAACUCAACAGUGCAUUUUUCAGAGAAAAUCCAGAGCAGGUAAUUGGACCUGUAAACACCAGUGAUUUCAUUGCAGCUGAAUACAAAGAGGAUGGUACUCUCUACUGGGCAGUCGUGACAGAUGUAAACGAUGGCCACCUGACAGUGGAGUUUUUUGACUAUGGAAAUGUGGCAACGGUAGAGAAGAGGGAGGUACUUGUGCUCACCAACACUUUCUUGACACAGCCCCGGCUCAGCACACACUGUUCACAAGAGAAGUCGCCUGGCUUUGGAAACGAUGACCUUUUCCAAUCUCUAGUAACUGGCAAACCUAUUGUGGUUGAAUUUGUUAGACAAUGUGGAUCAAAGUGGACUGUGAAGACUGACGUUCCGUUGGUUCAGCAGCUCUCACAGGAUAACUGUAGUAGUGAUAAGGUGAAUGAUGUUUUUUCUGGCUCACACAGAAAUGAGAACCAAACCAAAGAUGAGUACAUAACUGUAGAAGAGAAAGAAGCACAAAGUUGCUGUACAGAUAUGGAAUAUGUAGAGAGAGUGCAAACAACAUGCGAUAGUGCCAGAAGAAAUAACUUGGUAAUACCGGUUAAGUCAGAACGCAGCACUAAUGUUAACCAUGUCAAAGUACAGCUUACAGGGAAACACCAGUUAAUAUCAAGUUCUGAACAUCAUCUCAUUAUGAAGUCUUGUGUAGAGACACCACAAGUAGCUGAAGUGACAUUUCUGGCGCUCUCAAAUCUUCCCGGUAGCAAGCAGGCAAAUACUCCACAUCAAAUUAUUAUUAAACCUGGACAAAAUGAAGAAGGGACACUGCUUUCUGUUUUUGAGAAUGGAGGCUUUAUCAUCAGACUAAAACAAAAUAAAGAAACCUUUGCUUUGUUGAGUCAACUUUUAGGAAAAAAUGUGGUGAGAUCUAACAAGGUUUCUGUAAUGGAUAGCAAAGAAGGAUUUGAAUCUGGACUUCAGUCAAAGUCAAGUAAGAAACAAUGGUGCAGAGCCAUGGUGCAAAAAGUAUUUUCCAGCAAGGAGCAAUGUUUAGUCUACUGUUUGGAUAAUGGUACCCCAGUGGUGGUCUCUGAUGACAGCAUUGAAGAGCUCCCUGUAGAAGUCAAGCACGUUCCCAUCCAGGCUGUUUUUUGUAGGUUGACUUGUCCCUAUGACUUUGUCAGUGAGUUUUGCAAAACGGAAAUGUUGGCAGCCUUAAUAAGGUUUGACAUGGUAAAAGUGGUAUUUGUGACGUCGUCUGAAACCUCUCAACUCUGGAGAGUGGACACCAUGAUCAAUGGGGUUCUGCAGCAACUUGAAGAUAGUGUGAAAAAUAUUGUACAACCAAGAAAAACUUCCCUGAAUGGAAACAGAAAUCAAAUCCAAACAUUUUGUAUUGAAGAAAACCCUGUUCCACGACACCCUGUUGUACCUGUGGAGACGGACGUGAGACUCUCUGGCGUUUCAGUAACUCUUGUAGAUCCAUCUGAAUUCCAUGUCAUUCUGGAAAAGUAUCUACUUACCAGAAGCAUGGUCUCCACUGCUCUCAAGUACCUUCCAGAGGAUUUCCACUUUUUCCCUGAAGCACAUUGGAUUCCCUCUCCCUGUUGCCUUUUGAGCUCUGAUGUUAAUAAGUUGUGUAGGGCAGAGUUUUUGGAUGUGGACAAUGUCUCUGAAGGGGUUAGCCUUGUUGACUAUGGCCAUUGUGUUGAUGUACCCUACUUGUGUUGGCAAGAGGUAAAGCAGCUGCCAGAGAAGUUAACAAGAAUACCAAAAGAGCACUGGUCGGAUGAGGCACUUGUGUUUUCCCAGCAGGGCAUAUGUGAGAGGAAUCUCAUGAUCUACUUUAGGCAGUAUGUUUCUGAGGCUCAGUGGGAAAUGGAUGUUGCGUCGCAGGGGGUCAACAUUGUUAUGAUGCUGGUAGACAGUGGACAUGCCAUGUACAUCAACAGCUUUCUUGGGCUCCCAUUUCAGCGGGAGAUGAUUCCAGCUGUAGUCCUUUGUAAACUGAACACAGGGGCAGUUGACACACCGGUUUCAUUGAAACCAUUGGGAGAUCAUGGAGUGGCGAAGCAGCAGUGUGAGGAUAACAGGCAUAGUAAUCAUUCAGAUGACCCUAGAUUUACAGAAACAUUUCAGCAUGUGAGGAGAAGCAGGAGGCCCUUGUUACUGAAGACUCAGAAGGAACUGGAGCAAUGAAAACACUGGUGGAAGAGAAAUACUGAGAAAUUGUGUUCAGGUGUGAAAAGUCUCCAAGGCCACAGAAAUUGUUGGCAUUGAAGGGAACAGGAAAAGAGCCACCAACCCUCAGUUUGUCAAUUGUCUAUUCAGUUAAUUUAGUUGUGAAAUGACAUGUUGGGCGAACAAAUUUAACUUCAAUAUCAUGUUUAGGAAAGUUAUUUGUUGUUUUCUACUUUUUUCUUUAAAGAAAAAUUUUGUAUCCAAUUGUCUUGAAUAACUUGGGUAUAUGAAUAUAACUGAAUUUCAGGCAAGUUCAGCUUUGAUUUAAACUAAGAUAAGACUUUUAGUUUGUAUAACAACUGUUACAGAAUUACAGUUUUGUGGGUUACAAAAAUAAUUCCCAAGGCCAAAAAUUACAUUUGUGAAGUAGAUUUUUUUUUUUUAAAGAGUUGGUUAACCACUUCUUCUUGGCAGGGGUAAUGGAAUGAAAACAUUUUUAGUUAGGGUGUGUUGAGCAUUUUACAAACAGCUAAAAAGAGAAUUAUAGUAUGGUCAUCCAUGAGGCAAUCUGGAUAAUUUUACAAAAACAAUGUGUAAAAAAAAAAUAAAUAAAUAAAUGUCAGGAUGUUUUGGUUGACCAUUGUGUUUCUUCUAUACAAAGUAUAGCUAAUACAAAGCUAAUUUCAGAAUAAUUUUGACAGAUUUGAUGCCACUGAACCUCCAGCCCAGGAGAAAUUGUUAAUUCUAGAAGUUUUCUGUACUGUUCCAAACACCCUUGAUGAAUACCUUUGACAAUCUUGGCAUGCCUGUUUGGAUACAGUAAAGUAAAAUUAAACCCUGCUUCUCUUUCACAGUUUGAACGAGUAGCCUCAGUACUUUUUUGCUCUUAUAAUGAACCAGGGACUGUUUUAUUUUGAAAUACACAGGUUUGAUCAGAUUGGAUGGUUUGAUUUUUUUCAAAAGAGUUUUGCAUAAUUACUUUUAUUGGUUGUUAUGAAACCUGAGACUUUGUGUUGAAAAAU